UCGAUUUUUGGCAAUGAGACUGCCUACAUUCAGAACAACCUCCAUGUUUACGUCUUCCAAGUGAGAAAAGCGUAUAACAACUACAGUUCUAGUUAAUAAGGACAACUUAUACUGAUAAUCAAGAAGCAAGCCAUUGUUUGAUUUUGGAGCAGAUAUAGAUUUAUUGUUGUGGCAGAUAAACGUUACAAAUAACAAAUGGAAGACUUAUCUGGAGCUCCUCUUAGUGCUCUGUCAUGUGAAACUAAGGAGCUUAUCUCCACUUUGCUUAAUCCCAAAAGAUUCAUCCCGACGCAAAAUGGGUUAUCAAGAGACUGGAAAGGACUCGCACAUGUGUGCAAGAUUGAUCAAGAGACGAUGCGAAAUAUUUAUCAUGAUGCAGACCCAACAGGACGCGUAUUAUCCAUAUCACAGAAUAAAUUAAAAGACUUUAAUUUGCAACAUUUAAAAGAAGCUCUAGAGAAGAUUGAGAGAUGGGAUGUUAUUGAUGAUACCAAAGAAUUGAUGGAGAAGGAUGCAAAAUCGUACUUGGAAAGACUACAAAAAUCUCAAAAUACAGCAGAACUAAACGAUAAAGACGUGGACUCCAAAAUAUUGACGAUUGAUGAUUUAAUUCUAAUGGAACAAGGACAGGAUACACAGCAUUAUGAUGCUUUUGUACUGUAUGCACAAGAGGACACAGAAUUUGCAAACGAAGUAGUACAAAACUUGGAGAACGAAAAUAACAUGAAGCUGUGUUUGAAAGAACGUGACUUAAUUGCUGGUGUAUCGUUUGAAUAUGAGGCCAUUCUGAGGUUAAUCUUGGAGCGUUGCAACAGGCUUAUUUUAAUAUUAAGUCCAGAUUUUUUUAAAAGUCCUGCCAAUGAGUUUUUUUUGAAUUGUGCACAAGCAGCUGGAAUAAAUAAAAAACCGGAAAGAAAAAUUAUUCCUUGUAUUUACAAAACAUGUGAAUUACCUCCUCAAUUGCAAUAUUUUUCGAAGAUUUACUAUAAUAAACUUUCACCACAUUUGUUUUGGGAAAGACUGCUUCAUUCAAUCAAAGUUGUAAAUGGAACUACUAUGAAAGUCAAACAAAAUAAUCGAACGGAGUCUAAAUUAUCAGAAACAAAGAGACAAGGUUUAAAUACAUUUUUCAAGAAAUCUGUAGAAAAACAACUUAAAGACAUGCCAAAAGGUUCAGAUUCAAAAAAAAGUCAUCUGGAAAUUUCCCCUGCUUAUAAAGAAGCUGAGCCACAGAAGACACCUGUUAAAGAAAGUGUUUCAGAAUCUACUCUUGAACUUCCAUCAUUAGAUGGAUUAAGCACAUUACCAUCACAUUCAAGUGUUGAAUACAAACAAAAAGAUAGGAAAAAAGAUAAGAUCGGGAAAAGUUACAUAAAGAAAUUUCAAACUUUAAUUGAAAAAUUUUAAUGCCUUAAGUAAACUGUUAAACUGUUCGUACUUUUGUUAAUAUUUAUUGUAAAGGAUGUGUAAGUUUUAUAUUGCUACGAAAAAUGACCUGAGUGUUCUGAAUAAUUUUUUUCAAUUUAAAACAAAAUUUAAGAUACAUGUAAAACCUUUUUUGGAAUUGUGAAACGACUGUGAUAAUAUUUUAAGAUGAAUGCUGCAUCUAUAAUGGUUAAUUAAAUAUUUGUGCGAUAAAGAGA